UUUCAGGAUAACUUUUUUUUCCUAUUAACAUAAACUUCGAGACGGUAUAUAGUUUAAAUCAGUUCUGACGGAAGACUCAACGUUAAGGAUACUACAUAAAUUUAGACCAUGGUGUUUGACUUCUUUCGAAAUGUCAGAAUCUGAGGAGGAGGAUUAUUUAUCAGACUUCUUCUUGUUACAAGCAGAAAAAGAGUCAACUAAUUUAAAAUUAAAAUCUCUAAAAAAUAAUAAAACUAAAGAAGUUACUCGUAUAAAGAACUCUAAGAUAGAUAAAAAAAAGAAAAAUAUAAAAAAUGUUUCUGCAAUUAUCUCUGCAUCUCCAAUAGCAGCUGAUAAUAAAGGCUUCGAACUUAUGGAGAAAAUGGGCUAUAAAAUUGGUGAAGGGAUAGGAAAACGGCGUGAAGGCAUUAAAGAGCCGAUUGCUCCUUUUCUUCUGUUUGGUAGAGAAGGUUUGGGAUUAAAAGAAUAUGAACAAAAAAAACAAGAGGAAAAGAUAUUUUUGGAAAGACAAAUACUUGAAAAGAAAGAACAAAAGAAUGAAGAGAUAAAAGUUUUAUUUAAAAAUAAAAACUUAACGUUAAUAAAAAGAAGAUCUGUUCAGCGUUAUUUGAAAAUGAGUGAAUUUGCUUGUGAAACUUUAGAUAAAGAAAAUGGAAUUGUCGACAACCCUUUAUGGAAUAAACCUGAACUUGAAGAGGAUAUUAUUAGUGAAGAGGAAAAAGAGGUGAAGAAUAUUAAUUUAUUAAAGGAAAUAACGAAGUACUUAAGAGGAAAAUAUUUUUACUGUUGCUGGUGUGGUCAUCGUUUUACCAAUGCAGAAGAUUUAGCCAGCAAUUGUCCUGGGGACGAUGCAGAGUCGCACGGAGAACUAUAAACAAUCUCUAUUAAUAAAAUUCUUGACCCGUUGGAA